AUGAGUGUAACGCUGAAUCGUGGACCGCGUUUAAAUCGCAAAGUUGCUGUGAUGGGAUACCCUUAUGUUGGAAAAUCGGCGAUAGUGUUACGAUUUAUUCAAGGAUAUUUUCCGGAGAAAUAUGAAUCUACUAUUGAGGAUCAGCAUUCGAAAAAUUUCGCCCUGAUGUCGAGAGAUUAUCACUUGCGUGUUACAGAUACGGCCGGACAACAGGAAUACACAGUGUUUCCGAGGAGUUGCUCAUUCGAUAUUCAGGGAUUCAUUUUGGUAUACGCGAUCGACGAUAGGAGAUCAUUUGAAAUGAUAACGAACAUUUAUGAAAAGAUUAUUGAAGCUUAUGGUGAUACGAGCAUACCGAUAAUCAUUGUCGGAAAUAAAGCGGAUUUGGAGAAUCGUGCGGUGUCGCGAGCUGAAGGCGAAGCAUUGGCACGCAAAUGGAAUGCGCAAUUUAUGGAAAUAACGGCGAAAGAAGGGGCCAAAGUGAAUGAAGUAUUUGAAACGAUUCUUCGCGAGAUAGAGAUCUCGCGAGGCAACAUGCAACGUCCGACGGAUCAUAAGAAUACGUAAUCGCCUGUUGCCGACGGCGCCGAUGUUAUGAGCCGAAUUCCUGGCUUGCCGAAGGUCGCCGAAGCGGUCUCCAAUAUUGAUACGGCUCAAGUUGCCGCGAAAGUCGACUCACUUAAAAAAUGGGCAAUUGGAACUUUGAAGAAUUCAAGACAGCAGGUUUUGGAACAUAUGGGAAAGAUUGAUAAGACCGUUGAUCCAGAAUUUGAAGCUCAGUGCGAGGCUCUAAAAGAUAUUCAUAAAAGAUAUGGACUUGUGGUGGCUGCUGCCAAGAACUUUAGCAAUGUUCUUGCUCUUAUGUCAGAAGCUGAAAAGAAACUUUCGGAGUCAUUCCAUCAAUUGUCUGUGAAGGAAGAGCCUCUCCAGAAGCAUUGCACGAAAACAUCUGAAACAAUGCAAGGUCUCAGCGAGCAAGCAACGUCUCUUGAUGCUUGCCUUCGGUAUUUCAUCUCAUCCAUGGAGACGGUUUAUACUCAAACUAUAACUGACACUUUGCAUACUAUUUAUAACACCGAAUCGGCUCGAAUUGAAUAUGAUGUUGAUCGAAAUGAGAUCAAUGCGAUUCAAACUCCGACUGGAGAAAAUCAAGCAACUCCAAAGUCGCUUCCACCUGGUGCAACUGAACGCUGCCAGGAGAAACGCGAGCGAUAUGAAAAGCUCAAGGAGGAUGUUCGGGUGAAGAUGCGUCUUCUCGAGGAAAAUCGCAUCAAUGUGGUGACGACUCAGCUCGAGAAGCUCCAAACCGCCCUUGCUGCUUAUUAUUCAGGAAAUGCGAAACUUCUCGAAUCAUCAGUUCGCGAGAUCCAAAGUAUUCAAGUACCUCAUCCAACAUUCAUUCCACAUAUGUAA